CCUUGGAACCAGAGCGCAGCAAAUCCUUUGCACUUAAAAAAAAACAUAUUUUCCCAGUGGAUUGUGGUGCCUACGAGAAGCGUUUCCCUUUCUCUCUACCCAGCUCCCUUCUGCCUUGCCCCCACCACCCCAAAUCUAGCCGAGCAGGUGACACGGAGACCCGGCAGGCAGCAGCACAGUCAGAAAGCUGCCAGGUUUCAAAGUGGAAGGAAGAACUGACUGCAAAAACUAUCCUUCCAGUUUAUCAGAAUAAUAAUAACUCAUUACAUUUCCUGUUCUCUGUGGAGAGUGCAAGGGCCACUUCCUCCCGCCACCAGAAAUUUGAAGACUUUCCAUUAAAAAUGAGGAAGAAAAACUCUCUAACUUUUCGUGAAUGUGAUGGUUAAACCUGGCAAGUGGGCAGGGAGGCCUGCGGUGUUGCAUAAAUCCUACUGGCCGCACAGUUGGCCCGCGUGGGUUCCCAUGACACCCCUGAGUUGGAAGACCAACCACUUCCCCAAGGUGACUUUUCAGAUCACCCCUCCGUGUACCCGCGAGAGGCAUUAUGAGCAUUUUGGACGAUGCUGUAACAAGUGUGAGCCGGGAAAGUACAUGUCUUCUAAAUGCACUACUACCUCGGAAAGUGUAUGCUUGCCCUGUGGCCCAGAUGAAUACUUAGACACCUGGAAUGAGGAAGAUAAGUGUCUGCUGCAUAAAGUUUGUGACACAGGCAAGGCCCUGGUGGCGGUGGAGCCCGGCAACCGGACGGCCCCGCGGCGCUGCGCCUGCACGGCCGGCUACCACUGGAGCGCCGACUGCGACUGCUGCCGCCGCAACGCGGAGUGCGCCCCGGGCUUCGGCGCUCAGCUCCCGGUGCAGCUCAACAAGGACACGAUUUGCAAGCCCUGCCUGGUAGGCUACUUCUCCGACACGUUUUCGUCCACCGAGAAAUGCAAACCUUGGACCAACUGUAGCAUUCUUGGAGAGACAGAAGCACGUCACGGGACUGAUAAGUCAGAUGUAGUUUGUAGUUCUUCUCUGCCAUCUGCAAAGCCACCAAGAGAGCCCCUGAUUUACUUGCCCAGUUUAAUUAUUCUGCUUCUCUUCAUCUCCGUGGCUUUGGUUGCCGCUGUCAUCUUUGGUGUUUACUAUAAGAAAAAAGGGAAAGCACUAACAGCUAAUUUGUGGCACUGGGUCAAUGAGGCUUGCGGCCGCCUAAGUGGAAAUAAGCAGGAGUCCUCGGGCAACAAUUUCAGCAGCACUCCUAUGGAGGCCUCUAGUCAGCGUGAAAUUUGUGAUGGUGUCUUACUGCUGACUCUGGAAGAGAAGAUGUUCUCUGAAGAUAUGUGCUGUCCCGACGGUGGCGGUCUCUGUGCGGGGCCGUGUGCAGGCACCGGGCCUGGUGCGCAAGGCCAGGAAGCCGGGAUGCUCACCCUGGUCAGCGAGAUCGAGGGGGACCCCUUCCGGCAGAUUCCCAUGGAAGACGAGUAUGUGGACAGGCCCUCCCAGACCCCAGACUCUUCUUCGCUGUUCCUCACUCAGCCUGGGAGCAAGUCCACCCCGCCUUUCCCCGAACCCCUGGAGGUGGGGGAGAAUGACAGUUUAAGCCAGUGCUUCACUGGGACAGACAGCCUGGCCGAUUCUGAGAGCGGCCACUUCGCAGAGCCCCGGGGCGGGACUGACUGGACUCCCAUGGACUCCGAAAAGUACUUGCAAAAAGAAGUGGAGCGCGGCCACUGCCCCCACUGGGCAGCCAGCUCCAGCUCGGCCGAUGGCUGUGCAAACUGCGGAAACCCGCCCGGGGAGGCCCGGCACCCCCUCCUGGCUUCCGCGAGCAGCGGCCCCUGGCCCCAGUGCGCCUAUGGCAUGGGCCUCCCGCCCGAGGACGCCGCAGACGGGGCGGAACAGGCCGCCGAUGGGGCCGACACCAGGCUUCCUGGAGCCUCGAGGGGAGGCCCCGGGUCCGGAAGCUCCUCCGGUGACCCGCCACCUGCCUCUGGAAAUGUGACUGGAAACAGUAACUCCACGUUUAUUUCCAGCGGGCAGGUGAUGAACUUCAAGGGCGACAUCAUCGUGGUCUACGUCAGCCAGAACUCCCAGGAGGGCCCGGCGGGGCCGGGCAGCGGCGCGGGGGAGCCGGUGGGCCACCCGGUGCAGGAGGAGAGCUCGCCGCGCUGCGACUCGUUCGCCGGCCUCGGGCCGCGCUUUCCCGACCCGUGUGCCGGCCUGGACGCGCGCCCGAGCGGGGGGCUGCAGGAGCGCGGCGCCCCCGGGCCCGACAAGGCCUCGCGGCCGGUGCAGGAGCAGGGGGCGGCCGAGGCCGGCGCGGCAGGAGCGCGGCGCUGAGCACCCGGGGACCCGCAGCGGCUCUCGGCGCCCCUCAGAGCCGCCUUGCCCGGGGGGUGGGCGCCGACCUCCGGACCUCGGACCUGUCCUCUGCGGGCACCACAGGGGCCGCGUCCUGGAGCCAGGCGCGCCUGCCCCCUGCGCGCGGACGGGGGCGGGCCGGGAGUGGGGGCGGGGCCCUC